AUGGAUCCCCGCCCCCUCACCAAUACCUUUACUCUUGAACCCAGCUUGCAACUAUUCACAAAUCUGUCGCACCUUAAACGCACCACCUGCGACCUCUGCCGAGAGCGCAAAGUACGCUGUGACAGGGGUAAACCCCAGUGCGGUCGGUGCCAAAGGUUAGGUCAAACAUGUGCAUAUCCAUCAGUUAGUGGCGAGGUGACACGCAUCAACUCCGAGCUCAGAAGUCUGCAAUCACGACUGCGCCUGGCAGAGUCCAAGUUGCAUAAGCAGGAUACAGCCUUUCCUGUUGAACUGGCUGGUCCUGCUUCGAAUUCUAGAAGCAACAACAGCCCUCCCCAGACGCUACCGUUAACCACCGAGACCACGAUGGGAGAUCUCGUUAUACCACUUGAUCUGGACUCUUGGGACCAUGCCAUGGACUUUGAUCCCCUAGAUGGUUUACUUGACCGAGAUGUCUCUACAGAAAGCAGUAACCAAUGCGAAACUCUAAAUUCUAGUGCACCUCAACCUAUCUCGCCAGGCUAUGGUGACUCGGCCCAAUGGCCCUUAGAGCCGCUUCAUACGGCCCAGCGGACUAUGCAGCAGAAUGCGCAUCCCGACCUGAGAAACGAGGUUGGCGAGAUAUCACCAACAACUACAGAACAACUAUUUCAUAACUACAUCGACAUUGUGCAUAGACAAAUGCCCCUCAUUGACACCACGGAGUUCCUUUAUGAGACCGCAUACGCCACAUUACAUCAGCAUCAGGCAUUGAAAUAUGCCGUCGCCAAAGUGCACAAACAUUAA